AUGCAUUUAAAGCUUUUGUUUAUUUGCUAGCAUUGAGUGUAUGUAUGACUUGACUGACUGUAUGUAUGUAUGCUAUGAGUGCUAAUGCUAUGACUCUAUGCUAUGAAUGCCUCAAAUGGUUGACUCAAUACACAACUAAUAGACAAAUCUAUUGAUCAGUGAUUUUGUUUGACGGGUUUGUGUCCACACAAAGACACCAAUUGGUGGAUCUGAUUGACCAUUUGAUGAAUACGUUUUGUCCACGAGCUAUAGGAGUAGUGACUGAUUUGAUUGAUAGGAUGGUUUGGUUGACUAAUUGAUAGCACUGGUAGGUCUGCUAUCGUAAGGGCUUGUCAUUUGAGUUGUCGACACUAUUGCGACCAAUAGUGUGAUUGUUGAGCAAACACUGGCCUCGAGUACGGAAUCGGACUCAGACUCGGGGGGAACGACACCACCGCCGAGGAAGAGACAGAGACAGACAGCACAUCAUUCAGUGAUAAUUAGUGCGUCAUCAGCGGUGAGCCAAUCCACACAACAACAACAAUCACAACUGCAAUCCAUUGGCGAGUCGUUAUCCCACACGAGUUCUGCAGCGCAUCCAAACAGUAACCAAACAAUCAUUUCUUCAAUCAAUACAAUGCAAUCCAUUGCUAACGGAUCAACUGAAACGAAUAGUAAUAAUAAUAAUAAUCAGCCAAUUGAUGGCACAAAGGAAGACAACAAUGGCCUUCACUUUCAACACAAUAAUAACUACGCCAACGGUUCAAAUGGUAUUGCAUCUAAUGGUAUUGCGUCCAAUGGUGUCACCGAUAAGGUCAAUGAUGACAACGACAAAGAUAUGUUGGUUAAUAUCAAGUCCAGAACAGAUCGGGACAUCAUCCGACUCAUUGGUCAACAUUUAAGAGUUUUGGGACUUAAUAAAACUGUUGAUCAACUGAUCCAAGAGUCGGGUUGUCGUCUUGACCACCCAUCGGCCGCUAAAUUUCAGACAUAUGUUUUGAAUGGCGAGUGGGCUCAAGCUGAGUCAACACUACACGAAUUGAAUUCACUUUUGGAUUCACCGAAAGCAUUGGCUAAAAUGAAGUUUUUAUUAUUGGAGCAAAAAUAUCUCGAAAACAUUGAGGAUUUGAAACCAAUGGAAGCGAUUCAUUGUCUUCGAGACGAAUUGACUCCACUUAAGUAUAAUACACAACGUGUCCAUCAACUUAGUCGAUAUAUAAUGUGUAAUUCAAGCGACGAAUUACGGAAAGUAUCGAAUUGGGACGGAAAGGGUUUACCGUCGAGAAUCAAAUUAAUGGAAAAAUUGCAAUCAUUUUUACCACCGACUGUAAUGCUUCCACCGCGAAGAUUACGAGCACUACUUUGUCAAGCAGUUGACCUCCAAAAGGAAAGGUGUCCGUACCAUAACUUUGCAAUUGAUACCGGACUCGACAGUGUCAACCUAUUGGUUGAUCACGUUUGCAGUAAAGACGAGUUUCCCAAUGAGUGCAUUCAAAUCCUAACCGAUCAUUGCGAUGAAGUCUGGUUUUGUCGCUUCUCUAACGACGGCACAAAACUAGCCACCGGUUCUAAAGAUAGUACUCUUAUGAUAUGGGAUGUCGAUCCUGACACAUUACGGCUCAAACAUAAACACACGUUUGAAGGCCACUCAUAUGGAGUGUCAUAUAUAGCCUGGAGUCCCGACGAUAACUAUUUGAUUGCUUGCGGUCCGGAUGACUGCUCAGACCUAUGGGUUUGGAAUGUCCAGUCUGGAGAAUUACGAGUGAAAGUAAGUCAUUCACCUGAAGAUAGUCUGACCACAUGUUCGUGGCAUAAGGACGGCAAGAAAUUUGUGACAGGAGGCCAAAGAGGACAGUUCUAUCAAUGCGAUUUGGACGGUAAUGUGAUCGACACCUGGGAAGGGGUUAGAGUCCAAUGUCUUUACUUUAAAAAGGACGGCAAAACAGUGUUGGCUGCGGAUACUCACCAAAGAAUCCGCGGAUAUAAUUUUGAAGAACUAUCUGAUGUUAAUAUUAUAAGAGAAGACAACUCUAUAAUGUCGUUUACUUGUGAUGAUUCGGGUCGAUUGGCACUCAUCAACGUUGCCACACAAGGCGUCCAUUUAUGGGAUUUAGAGGACAAGAUAUUGUUACGUAAAUUUCAAGGAGUAACUCAAGGAUACUAUACAAUUCAUUCAUGUUUUGGUGGCGUUAAUCAAGUAUUUGUUGCCAGUGGUAGUGAAGACAACAAGAUAUACAUUUGGCAUUUGAAACGUGAAAAGCCAGUAAAUGUAUUGACGGGUCACUCGCGGACAGUUAACUGUGUCUCUUGGAAUCCCCGAUACCCACAACUGAUUGCCAGUGCCUCAGACGACGCUACUGUCAGAUUAUGGGGUCCGUCGACGAUAUCGGGAGACCGACCGCCAUCGACGACCACUUUUCUGAUGUCGUCGAUACCCAAUAUCAACACAAGAACCACGGAUUCAUCGAACAGCUCAAGUCCGAGCACUUCAGCAAAUGUUGUGAAACCAUAAUAUUGUGCCUCAAAUGACAUUUAAAACAAACAAAAAAUUUCAUUCAAUGCAUAAAUCAUUUGUAAAUCAUCCAUACAUUUUGUCAACACAACAAACAAGUGAUCAGUUUCUUUAACAAAACAAAAAAUAUCUAAAUCUAAACCAUAAUAUGAGUUCCUUUUUUUCCAAUCGAGUGGGAAAUGUUGUUAUGAUAUACCGUAUAUAUAUAAUUAAAACUACUAAUAAACUGCAGACAUGACUGACUGAUAAACUGAAUGCCGAAAAUACCGACACAAGUGUUGAAUGAAUGAAUGAUACGAACGAAUCCACACAUUUGGAUGACUUAUAAUAGUUUAAUAAUAAUAAUAUACAUUGGAUUUAAGUUAUCGUUUUUUAGUGAAUGCUAUUAUUUAUAUUAUGAUAUAUAUAUACAUAUAUAUACUAUUUAAUAAUGAUUAUGUUUAUCAAAUUCAAUUGCCCAUUGAUUGGUUAAAUUGAAUUAUUUAAUUUAAAAACAAAUAAUAAUUAUGUAAUUGUAAUCUUGAUUUGUUUGCAAUAAGACUGAUUGAUUUAUGUUAUAAUUUUGUGUUGUUGAGCACAUUAUUAGCCAUUAAUUUUCAAUUUGUUCAUAACCUUAUUUUUUGCUCAUUUUUUGUACAGAUUUGAACACAAACACAUACACACACUAUAGAUGAUAAAUGAUAUAUAAUAUGAUUAUAUUAUAUUUGUUGAUUAUAAUUUUAUUUUUGGGUUUU